CAACCCUAAGCACUCUUUCUGCCGCCACACACUAAUUUUCACUAUAAAACCUCUCUCUCUCUCUCUCUCUCUCUCUCUCUCUCCUGUUAUUGUCAAUCUCUCUUCGCUUUUUCCGUCGCCGCCGUUGCCGUCGCAGCGGAGCCGCCACGCCAGGGGUAGCAAGGGACUCUGAAUUUGUCGUCAAGGGAGGUUGUUGUUGAUUGAUUGUCUUUUGCAAUCAUGGCGAACAGGCUUAUGUUUGAGAACUCAUGUGAAAUUGGGGUUUUCUCCAAACUCACUAAUGCGUACUGUUUGGUUGCAAUUGGUGGCUCUGAGAACUUCUACAGUUCCUUUGAAGCUGAAUUAGCUGGUGUCAUUCCGGUUGUUAAAACAUCCAUUGACGGCACUCGCAUUAUUGGCCGUCUAUGUGCUGGAAACAAAAAUGGGCUCCUUGUACCCCAUACCACUACUGACCAAGAACUUCAGCACUUGAGAAACAGUCUACCUGACCAAGUUGUUGUUCAACGUAUACAAGAGAGACUGUCUGCUCUGGGGAAUACAAUUGCUUGUAAUGAUCAUGUUGCUCUCACACAUACUGAUCUUGACCGGGAAACUGAAGAGCUCAUUGCUGAUGUUCUUGGAGUAGAGGUGUUUAGGCAGACAGUUGCUGGUAAUGUUCUCGUGGGAAGCUACUGUAGCUUCACGAAUAGGGGUGGCUUGGUUCAUCCACAUACAUCUAUUGAAGAUUUGGACGAACUAUCGACUCUUCUUCAGGUCCCGUUGGUUGCUGGAACUGUGAAUCGUGGAAGUGAAGUGAUUGCUGCUGGAUUGAUUGUCAAUGACUGGACUGCAUUCUGUGGUUCAGACACAACUGCCACCGAAUUAUCGGUCGUUGAAAGCGUUUUCAAAUUGAGAGAGGCUCAACCAAGCUCCAUUGUUGACGAGAUGAGGAAGUCGCUAAUAGACAGUUAUGUGUGAAAGUUACUUAUAUCUUCUGCUAAACCUGAGAUGUUGCAGAAGCGCGUAAGUUAUUAAUUGUUAUUACUAUUAUCUCUUUUCCUUCUGUCAUAUUUAACAACUUUGUAAUUAUGAAAUUCGACUCUGCAUUUAUAGCUUGUUUUAUUCGAAAUUGGGAAACCAUAUUUUGGUAUUAUAAACCU